GAGCAUGGAAGCAGUAGAAUUGGUGAAAGAUCUAACAUCUCUCUGUCAAGCAGGAGGAUUCCACCUCACAAAAUGGGUGAGUAACAGUCGUACUGUUCUCGCACAUAUUCCAAAGGAAGACAGAGCUCAGAAUGCAAGAGAAUUGGAUCUCGACAGGGAAAAGCUUCCCACUGAAAGAGCUCUUGGAUUGUUGUGGUGCGUGGACAAUGAUGUGUUUAAGUUCAAUAUCACUGUCAAGUGCAAAUCCCACACCCGAAGAAACUUACUAUCAGUUGUGAGCUCCAUCUAUGAUCCACUUGGAUUUUUGAGUCCUUUUACUCUACCUGCCAAAUUGCUUAUCCAAGACCUCUGUAGGAGUAAAUGUGGUUGGGAUGAGGAAAUACCACAGGCUGCAGCUGAUAAGUGGACAAAGUGGAUAAAGGAUCUUGAUGAAAUAGAAGAAUUCAGAGUGGCACGUUGUGUAAAGCCAACUGGUUUUGGAAUGCUGAAGCAAGCAGAGCUGCAUCAUUUCUCCGAUGCUAGUGAACAAGGAUACGGCAUAGUGAGUUACUUGAGAUUGACAGAUGAUAUGCACACUGUACAUGUGUCUUUCAUGUUGGGGAAAGCCAGAGUGGCCCCACUUAAGCACGUCACAAUUCCACGUCUAGAACUUACAGCUGCAGUGCUAGCAGUUAGAGUGGACAUUAUGAUAAGGAAAGCUUUGGAGCUAGAUCUCAAAAGCUCAACAUUUUGGACUGAUAGUCAGUCAGUGCUGAAAUAUGUUGCAAAUGAGAAUGUAAGAUUCCGCACAUUUGUAGCUAAUAGGAUCUCUGUAAUUAGAGAAAACACAGAUGUAAAACAGUGGAAAUUCAUCAGAACAAAGCAGAACCCUGCUGACUUAGCAUCAAGAGGGAUGAGUGCCAGCACAUUGGUGAAGUGCAAAGAGUGGAUCCAUGGACCAGAGUUUCUAUGGAAGAAGGAAGAGGAAUGGCCUAAAGAGUCCCUGGGACCCGUAUCUCUCUCACUUGAUGAUCUUGAAGUUAAAAGGAACACCACUGUUUAUAGUACUGUCAUUAAAGAAAAGGAAAGUCCUACUAACCAACUGCUUAACUAUUUCUCAAGUUGGACAAAGCUGAAGUUGGCAGUGGCAUGGUUCUUGAAGUUCAAGAAUAUCCUUUGCUUGCUCACUACAAAAAGAAAAGAAAUACUGGCAACCUGCGUGAAUAAGGACUCUCAAAGCCAAAGGUACAAGGUAUGUAAUGAAAUGAAAGCAUUCAAGGCAUCACUCUGUGGACAGUCCAUAUCCCUGGAUGAUCUCUUAAAAGCAGAAAAGGCCAUUGUUGAGUUUAGCCAAAAACAAAGGUAUUCCGAGGAAAUGUCAAGAAUAGAAAAGACAUCUCUUGCUGGAAAGCGCUUGAAUAAAUUCAGCAGCCUGUACAAGCUAGAUCCUGUGAUGGAUGAUAGAGUUUUGAGGGUUGGAGGAAGGUUGGACAAGUCUGCAAUGCCUGAGGAGACAAAGCGACCAAUUAUACUUCCAAAGGAUCUUCACAUCUCCACACUGAUUCUUCAACACAUACACGAACAGCUCGGACAUGCUGGCAGAAACCAUGUUCUCUCACACCUGAGAAAGAAAUAUUGGAUUAUAAAUGCCAAUUCUGCAGCUCGCAAAGUUCUGUCUAAAUGUGUUGUGUGCAAGCGAGUAAGAGGAAAGAUAGGGGAACAAAAGAUGGCAGAUCUACCAAAGGAAAGACUACAAGCUGAUCUUCCACCUUUCAGCAAUGUUGGUGUUGACUUUGGACCUUUAUGA